AGAUCAUAUUAAAAUCAAUCCAAUUAUCUUGAAUGCUGUAGCCUUGCUGGGAUGCCUCUCUCUCGGUAUAUCGGAUAAUUUAGAGUUAAUAUUGAGUAAAAGGAUCAUUGAUCUUGGCGCUUUAAGAGAAUUCUGCAUUGAUGGUUGUCCAGACUCUUCGGGAUUACGCUCAAUGUCGUGGAAGGUUAUGUUAAACUACCUGCCCCCAGACACAGCAAAAUGGCCAGAACACUUAAAACGAUGUCGGAAAGAAUAUUCAUCUUAUGUUAAAGACUUUAUUACCGAAUCAUGUUGGAAGGAAAAGGAGACCUUUGAUCAUCCCCUUAACUCAUCACCCAACAGUGACUGGGCAGAAUUUUUUAAAGACAACGAAAUUCUAAUGCAGAUUAACAAAGAUUGUAAAAGGCUAUGUCCUGAUUUGCACUUUUUUAGAAGAGCGACCGACUUUCCAUCCUGCAAAAUUUUCGGUCCAGGUAUCUCGAUUUGUGCCUUAAGAAAAAGAGUCGAACGGUCAUAUUUAGAGGUAUAA